AUGCACUUCCCGCUCGUCGACGCCCUCGAUCGGGCGGUGGAGCAGACCUCCGUGCGCUACCUGUUCGCCCUCGCCGCCGUCUACCCGCUCGCCCUCGUCUUCCGUCUGCUACCCUACCCGCACCACCUCGCCGCCGCCGGCGCCGGCCGGGCCUGGGCCGCCGCCGUCAAGCACCUCUUCUCGGUCGUGAUCACGAUCGGCAUCUGCAGCUUCGCGCUAGGACCCUACUCGUGGGUCCACGCCCUCGUCACCACGCUCGUCUCGUACGCCCUGCACCGCCUCCUCCCGCACGGCAUCGCCCACAAGGCCGUCUUCAUGUUCUGCAUGGCCUAUCUCUCUUUCGGGCACCUGUGGAUCAUGUACACGGAGUGGCUGGCGUGGUCCCUCAAUUGGACCACCCAGCAGAUGCUCCUCACCAUCAAGCUCACCUCGUGCGCCUGCAACAUCUACGACGGCCACCAGCCCGCCGCCGCACAGGAGAAAAUGAGGGAUUACCAGAAGCGGCACGCGGUGAAGCGGAUGCCGUCGCUGCUGGAGUACUUGGGCUUCGCCUUCUUCUUCCCGUCGUUCCUCGCCGGACCCACCAUGGAGAUGUCCGACUACCUCGCCUUCAUCAACGGCGACAUCUGGCUGCCGACGCUGCAGACCGUGGGGCUUGCGUUCAUGUUCCUGCCGGGUCCGGCCCUCGGCAACGUCUACUUCCCCAUCGACAACUUCCUCACCCGCCCCUUCCUCGACGCCCCCUUCCUCGUCAAGUUCGGGGAGAUGUGGCUCAUACUGUUCCUGGUGCGGUGCAAGUACUACUUCGGGUGGUACAUGGGCGAAGGCGGCUUCGUAGCGUGCGGGUUCUCCUACAACGGCACGGACGCCCGCGGUCGCGUCCGCUGGGACCGUGUGCCCGUCAACCGGCCGCUGGGCGUGGAACUGCCGGAGAAUAUGCGCGAGGUCACCGACUCGUGGAACAUCUGCACCUCCUCCUGGCUCAAGCAAUACGUGUACCUGCGGUUCUCGCCCGAUGGUAAGCCCAACAUGCUGGCGACCAUGCUCACCUACUUCACCAGCGCCUUCUGGCACGGAUUCUACCCGGGCUACUUCAUGUUCUUCCUCAUGGGCGCUGUCCUCACCGAAACCGGCAAAAACCUGCGGCGAAAGGUGCGUCCGUGGUUCCUGCGGGAGGACGGAGUGACGCCCAGGCCCGCCAAGAUCGUGUACGACGUGCUGGGCGUCAUCGCCGUGCAGGCCUCCCUCUCCUACAUCGCCGUCUCCUUCGUCUUGCUGCUUCCGUCGAGGGCGUGGACGGUGUACGAGUCGAUGUACCACGCGGGCUACGUCCUCAUCUUCGCGACCUUCUUCGUCACCCGCUUCGUUCUUCCCUCACCACCGCGGCCGAAGGCCUCGACAACGACCAACAACAGCCAGGCCAGCAAGAAGGCCUCGACGACGACGAAGAAGAAGAACGGCAGCGGCAGCGACGUCGAUCAGUCGCCGGCCGCCAAGGACAAGAAGGUCCGAUAA